CUUUCGUGUGUCAUGCUUAGAACCUUUAGUUUGAAUAAGGAGCAUAGCAAGUCCUAUGUGAAAGUUUUUUUAACUGGUUUCGGCCUUGAAUUAUAUGAAUGUUGCUGAACCUUUAGUGCCUGAUAUAUGCUGAAUUUAAGUGUAUUUCAGAGCUGAUUAAAGAGGAGUCGAGCCCUCAUUCAGACCCACGUUCAUUCUUUCAAACGCUUGCAGGGGGGUUUUAGGUUUAUUUUGAACUGAACAGGCUUUUUAUUGGCUUCUCAUUGACAACAGCGAUUGACGACGAAGACAGCAACCACCACUGUGCGACGCCGUCCAUCACGUUUGAACCGCUCGAGUCGCCGUUCCCCCUCUGCCUCUUCCCUUCUAGAAAGGACAAUUGGGAUAGCCCAGUAAUAUCUACUUCAAACGAAGCUUUAUUUUGGCGCUAUUUACUCAGUAGUGAAAGAACACCGGAAAUAGUCAAGAGUUUUGGUAAAUAAAUAACAAUGACUAAGGCAAAGGAGGCUUUGCUUCCAUCAAUGAUAAAGAAUAAGGCGAAGAGAUCUGAAGUCCAUGCCAAGCUAAAGAACCAAAAGAAAUUGGAGAAGAGGAAGAAGGCAAAGGCACGUGAAGCUGCUGAGAAACGGGCGCUGGAGCUAGGGGAGGAGCCUCUGGCCAAGAAAACUCCUCGCACGAUCGAGAACACUCGUGAAGUCGACGAGACUGUGUGUAUGCCUGAUGAUGAAGAGCUAUUUGCCGGCAAUGAUGCAGAUGAGUUCAGCCCUCUAUUGAAUCAGGAAAUCAUUCCUAAGGUCUUGAUCACUACAGCCCGCUUCAAUUCUACGAGAGGUCCUGCUUUUAUUCAAGAUAUUCUCUCGAUCAUCCCCAACGCUCAUUACUACAAGAGGGGAACCUAUGACCUCAAAAAGAUUGUAGAGUAUGCAAAACAUAAAGACUUCACGUCAGUCAUAGUUGUCCAUACCAACCGUCGGGAACCAGAUGCUCUUUUAGUUAUUGGGUUGCCCAAUGGCCCUACUGCUCAUUUCAAACUUUCUCGACUUGUUUUGCGGAAGGACAUUAAGAAUCAUGGAAAUCCGACCAAUCAUCAGCCCGAAUUAAUUUUAACUAACUUCACUACACGGUUGGGACAUCGUGUUGGCAGGCUAAUACAAUCACUGUUCCCACAAGACCCUAAUUUUCGUGGUCGGCGUGUUGUUACAUUUCACAAUCAACGUGAUUUCAUAUUUUUCCGCCAUCACAGGUACAUUUUUGAGACAAAGGAAAGCAAAGAGCCCGAAGCAAAAGGUAAAGGCAAAGCCGACAAGGUGGCUAAACCUCAAGAGAAAGUUAUUACCCGUCUUCAGGAAUGUGGCCCUCGCUUUACGCUGAAGUUAAUUAGUCUUCAGCAUGGAACUUUUGAUACAAAAGGAGGUGAAUAUGAAUGGGUGCACAAGCCUGAAAUGGAUACCAGUCGCAGGAGAUUUUUCUUAUGAUUGAACGUCAGCUGUGAAAGAGAGAAAAACAAGGUUCCAAAUUUUGUCUUGGCAUAUUUCUUAUUUACGUCUGAGUGUAUUCGAAUAUGCAACACCAUGUACGAAUACAUCUUUAUCACUUUAUGUAGUGUACGAUAACUUACUGUGAGAUUGAUUCAGUUAGGUCGCUUUUGGCUGGCCUCUAUAUGGCUUGAUAUCCUCUCUUGGUAUCAUAUUCAACUGUA